CAGGGAGGUGCUACAAGCAAAAACGGAGAUUCUCUCCACCUUCCUGCAAGAUCUGAGAAAGAAUUUGACGUUGCUGUUGGACACCAGACUGGUCUACAAAAGUCAAGAUGCCAGAAACUGCAGAGGCUGUGUCAGCCACUCUGACCACCAACAGAAAUUGCACCAUAGAAAUUACCAAUGGCAGCAGCCACUGCCUCAUCAACCCCAAGGUCUACAUGAGUAGUGGUUUCUGUUACCAUCCACCCCAGCCGACGAUUCGAACCACGAUGACAGAAGUUUGCUCCUUCACCAAGGAUGACCACACUGCCACGGGCGCGGUCGGCCUGCUGACCUACGACUUGCUCCAUAUGCAGAGUCGAGUUUGCUCACAACGCAUGGCCAUCAUGUUCUCUGUGCCUUUCGACUAUAACCUGUACAAGAACCGGCUGGCUGUGGGUGUGGUGGAUCCCUCCACUGCCUGCGACAAACAUCUGUACGAGCAGAUGUACGAUGGGAAAGAUCUGGGCAACUUCGCCCGUUCUGAUGAAAACGGGUGUGGCCUGGAGCAUCGAGCGACAUCUGUUGAUUUGAGAGCGACCAUGUCUGCAGUCGGCAAAGCCAUCGUUAAAGUGGAGAUCUAUGAUAAAAUGCAUCAUUAAGAUGCUGUUUGUUGUUUCUGAAUUCAAAGAGUGAAUAAACUUCAUUGUAUCUGACCAAUGCUGUUUUCUUAAAAAAAUAACACGAAUAAAAACAAGCUUUAUGGAGAUGAAGACUGAUUUUGCUGUCAUUUUUAUUUUGUGUCCACUAAAAGAUAUCAAUAUCUGACAACCAGCUCAUUGAUUCCUCAUUACCUUAUAUCUUGGGCUCACAUACAGUGUACACUCCCUUCUCUUUGAUUAUGGUAAUAAAGCAUUCAGAC